CAGGCAUCGUGUUUUCGAUGAUAACCGGCAUUUCGCCCAUCUUCCAUGGGACCGUUAACAGCGCUUGGGGCUUUUACGUUGUGAUCUAGCCCUAGAGGGUCCAAGCAGCGCCAUUCCCUGAAACGUCUGCCCGGCGCCGCGGGUGUAACGCGUGCUCGCAAAACCGACAUUAAUAGAAAAAAACUCACGACCAAUAUUCACAUAUAAUGUCCACGGUGCCAAUGGCCACUCCCAGGUGCCGGCGCAUUCCACAUCUCCCGCUAUCUUUGGGAUGUGAUGCGAUCUUUCCAUUCAUUCUUUGACUUUUCCGUCGCUGGCUCGUCGACUUGACAUCUCACUCGCUAUUGUCAAUACUUUCACCCGCACGCGGUCCCCCCAUCACUCUUUGCACUACCCUCACGUUCGUUACCAGACUCCCUGUCGCCCGUCCUUCCUCGGAAACCUUCCAACAUUCUCCAGGAACAAUUGUACUAAUGUCCGGUGAACGUAUCUCCUCACGUGCGCCCUCUCCUACUUUAUAUGACCGUAUCGGCAUCCAAGAUGACGACUUCCUCCCCUUCCUGGAAGAUGGACCCCCCGCUUAUGAGUCUGACACCUCAACACUUGUUUCGGACAUCACUCAGGAUCCUUCGACACUAGUGAAGCACGCCGGCACCCAAACGGAAGAGCCACUAGAAAGGAUUCGUACGGUCGACGUCCGUCUCAUCUCUUCCGCACUUGCAUCCCCGACCGUGCCUGUAUCUCUGAUCAUGUCUAUACCUCAGACCGUAUCCAUACCCCCGAUCGUACCCGUACCGGCGGCUAUACCUACACCCAUGAAGCUCAAGCGCGAACCAUCCGGAGACUUCGACGAGAAGCCGGAGUCUCCUUCACAAGGUUUCAAACGCGCGCGAACGGCAUCUAUGGAAGACAAAGUGCCAGGGUCUAUGGACGCACCAAAGUCUCCAUGCCCACCAAAGUCCACGCACGCACCAAAGCCCACAGCUGUGCCGGGGCCCACAGCUGUACCGGAGCCUACAGAUAAAACGAGGCCCACAAAGAAGCAUCGGCGAGGUUGUCCAGGUAAUUGCUGGGAGUGCAAACCUGCGGAGCUGAGCAAGAGGAAGUACUGGACUUCCUUCAAGAAGUUUCGCGCCCAUUUCGCAUCUCACAUGCACGACUAUCGCAUUGAAGGUUGUCGUUGGCAGUGUGAUUUAUGCAAUCACGAUUCAUUUGGUGGAGAUGGGUAUGACCUCAUGAAGCAUCUAUGGGAUACACACUUUGAUCACGUAUUUCUCUUCAUGUAAAAACUUUGGGGGAGGGUGGUUUGGU